UUUCUGCAUGCAUGUACGUAGUUUUUGUGAAUGGGAAGAUCUGCAAGAACCCUAAUAUGGUUGUGGCCGAAGAUUUCCUUUUUCGAGGACUAAACAAGCCUGGAAACACCUCAAAUCCACUUGGAUCCAGAGUCACUCCUGUCACUGUCAACCAAUUACCUGGGCUCAAUACUUUGGGCAUUUCUGCUGUUCGUAUAGACUACGCACCAAAAGGUCUAAAUCCACCCCACACACACCCACGUGCGACUGAGAUUCUUAUUUUGUUAAAAGGCACUCUUUAUGUUGGAUUCGUCACUUCAAAUCCAGCUGACCCUGCCUUGAAAAACAAGCUCUUCGCAACGUAUUUGCACCCUGGGGACGUUUUCGUUUUUCCACAGGGUUUGAUUCAUUUCCAGUUUAAUGUUGGAAAGACCAAUGCUGUAGCAUUUGCUGGUCUGAGCAGCCAAAAUCCAGGUGUCAUUACUAUUGCUAAUGCAGUGUUUGGUUCGGAUCCUCCAAUUGACCCAGUUGUCCUGACAAAGGCGUUCCAAGUUGAGAAGGAUGUGAUUGAGUAUCUUCAAAUGGGUCUUGUCUCCCUCACAACAUUGUUUGUUAUUGCUUGUUUGGCUUCAUUUGCAUAUGCAUCAGAUCCCAGCCCUCUCCAAGAUUUUUGUGUUGCCGUUAAAGAUGCCGAUGCAGCUGUUUUUGUGAAUGGGAAGAUCUGCAAGGACCCUAACAUGGUUGUGGCCGAAGAUUUCUUUUUGUCGGGCUUAAACAAGCCUGGAAAUACAUCAAAUCCAGUUGGAUCACGAGUCACUCCUGCUAAUGUCAACCAAAUUGCAGGGCUCAACACUUUGGGCAUAUCUGCUGUUCGUAUAGAUUACGCACCAAACGGUUUGAACCCACCCCACACUCACCCACGUGCCACCGAGAUUCUAGUUGUGUUAGAAGGCACUCUUUAUGUUGGCUUUGUCACUUCAAAUCCAGCUAACCCCGCCAUUAAAAACAAGCUCUUCACAAAGUAUUUGUACCCUGGGGACGUUUUCGUCUUUCCAGAGGGUUUAAUACAUUUCCAAUUCAACGUGGGAAAAACCAAAGCUGUCGCUUUUGCUGCUUUAAGCAGCCAAAAUCCAGGUGUCAUUACUGUUGCAAAUGCAGUGUUUGGUUCGGAUCCACCAAUUAAUCGAGCAGUUCUAACAAAAGCGUUUCAAGUUGAGAAGAAUGUGAUUGACUAUCUUCAGGCGCAGUUCUGGUGGAACAUCGAUUAAGUAUGACAACCUCGUCAUAAAUCAACAAUACUGUUUUCAUGUGUUUUAAGUUAUUAUGUGUACCUCAUUUGUUUGAAUAAAACAUUAGGAUUACCUGAAUAAGCUUACUAUGAUCCUUUCCUCUUGUACUAUAAAGUGAUAUAGUUUUCAUGUGCAACUGGUCGAUCGGUCGUAAGUUAGUUUACACCUUUGUACUGCAAUAAAAAUGUACUCCACUUCGUGAUUUUGAAAUUUUCUCUCGUGAUAUCUACUUCGUUAUGAAUUUUUACUUGUUCAUAUCGAACAAGAAGGCACCCUUAAUACAUGUACUCAUUGUAACAAUUGAAUCCCAUUGGAUGUACUAGAAAUUCAAUUGAAUCAUAAAUAAUGUAUUACUACUGAAAUAU